UGUGGUCGUCACUAACUUGCUUGUGCUCUGUCAGUGGAGCGAUCGAACGUGUGGUGAACAUUUUAUUGAGCGGGUGGAGGAGUGAGGUCAGAACUGAUCGUCUCAGCCGCGGACUCUGGAGACCAGGAGCUUCGAGGAACCAUCCAGCUCCCUGCAGUAAUGGCGACCAUUGUGAUGGACAGAAUUGGGCGUGUGUUCAUCAGCCUGCAGCAGAUCAGGCAGGUCCCCCGGAUGCUGACUGAGGCUGCGCCCUCCAUGCCCGGCACCAUGAGAGACAACGAGGUUCCCGCCUACUUUCGGGAUCACCAUGUCUGCACAGGCUACCGACCGCUCAACCAGAACUGGCGCUACUACUUCCUGUCCUUGUUCCAGCGCCACAAUGAGACAAUCAACAUCUGGACUCACCUGCUGGCGUUUUUAGUUCUACUGGUCAAAUUGCAGCAGCUUGUAGAGACUGUGGACUUUGUUGGCGAUCCUCAAUCGUGGCCUCUAUUGAUUCUCAUCCUGUCGUCUUUGAGCUACACUGGCUUCAGCGUUGUAGCUCACACGCUGGGUGGGAAGUCUGAGCUGUGUCACUACGUUUUCUUCUACCUGGACUAUGUCGGGGUAGCACAGUAUCAGUAUGGCAGUGCCAUAGUUCACUUUUAUUAUGCUGUGGAUGAGAGCUUUCACAAACACGUGCAUGGGAUCUUCAUGCCUAUCGCCAGCGUCUUAAGCUGUUUGUCAUGCCUGGGGUGCUGCUUUGGCAAGUACUGCAACCACAGCCAACCAACCUGGGUGCGUAAGGUGUUCCAGGUGCUGCCCUCGGCAAUUGCCUACAUGUGGAACAGCAGUCCAGUGGCUAUGAGACUCUUUUCCUGGUCCUCAGCCAGCAGUGACUCAGCCGUUCUCUAUCACUUUGGCCAGGUUUUGUUCUUUCUCAGCUGUUCCUUCUUUUUUACCGUCCCCCUUUUCGAGCGUUGCUUCCCCGGACGCUGUGAUUUUGUGGGACAGAGUCACCAGAUUUUCCACGUUUUUCUAUCCUGCUGCACCCUGUGUCAGAUUCAUGCCUCCCAGCUUGACUACGUGGGCCGCAGGGAGCUGUACUCACGUUUGCAUGGCAGUGGUGAGGUUGCUCUCUUUGCGGGACUCUACGGGGUCACUUUUGUUGUGUGCGCGCUAAUUAGUGCCUUCAUGAUGAGGAAAGUUAAACAAGUGCUUGACUUGAAGACCAAGUCCAAAUAAUGGAUUGAAUGUUUUAGGAACUAUGUGCGAAAGCAUUUAUGUGCCUUCUCCUUCCAGACAAUCUGCCUUGAUAGAAAGGGACCUUAAUAUUUUUCAUGCAGUCGCAGAUAACCACAGAAAGACGUAAUGUUAUGGCGUGUUAAGUUUUGAUACUAAUUUUGAUACGAACAAUUUACCAUAUCAGCAUUUGUCAUGUUUAAGUAAAGGCUGCUGCUUUGAUCAAUAUCCGCUUCUCACAAUGCACAGACUAACUAAAUGUAGAUAUGAUGAAUAGAUGACAAAUAGUGAGCAUAACAUUAGUUUUUUUUAUACAACAACACUGUGAUGACAAGGAUGAGCAUCUGCAAUUUGCAAAUAUUGUUAAUAUACGUUUUUUAUGCACACAGUGGGCAUAUUUAACCAAGGCCACUUAAAGGAUUUUUAAAAAUGGACAAUUAUUGAAAUCGAAGUGGCUAAUCCAUGAUGUAGCGGGCAACUUGGACUGAAGCCGGGGAAUGAUCACCCUGGCUGGGUCGCCCAAGUGAGGGUCAAAUACCCGAUGACCCUGGGUUCAUCACCGAGGAUGUGUCCAAGUUGCAUUGACUGAUGUUUCUAUAUCUAGAAAUCAUUUAAAGGUGCUGUACAACAUUUCCUCUAUGCAAAAAAACUACUUCACAAUUGAAGUACAGACACUAUCAUGUGAUAAAAUGCAAUAAAAUCAUCUUAACUACAUUUUACAGUGUAGGAACAAUGUUACAACGUGCGGUGCCUUUGUCAUUGUGCCUUGAGAGCCCAGUGUUUGCACUUUUAAUGUUAGAUUUAACAUAAAAUCGGUGCUGAUUUAUUAUAGCAUCAAGGACGUACUGUUCGCUACAUGACACUGUAGAUUCUUCAGAAAUUUAAGAUUUAGGUUUUAAGUUGCAAUCACAUGAUGAGAUGUGUGUCUAUGCUACUCGGAGAGUUAAACCUUUUUAUGUUGUUCAAGCACAAGUUUAAUAUAAUAGAUCUUUAAUUUUUAUAGAACUUAAUGCACUGUCUGUAUUUAAGAAAACUGGAUAUUUUAUGAUCAAUUUAAUAUAUGAUGAAAGUCUUAACUUUUAAAAUAUAUUUCUCAUUUUAUUCGUGCAGUGUAGACUGUUUUGUAUUAUAUACUGUGUAUUAGGAUGGCGACAAUCACUGUAUUUUUUCCAUCAGGCCUUUGUCACUGCAGAGGUUGUGAUAUGUCAUAGUAGGUAAAGCACACGUGUGUUGCUGAUAAAAUAAACAAUGGCUCUGAUUGUGUGACAAUGAGCCAGUAUGCAUGACACCAGGACCCUGAUACUGGAGCAUCUAAAUGGAAUUCAGCCAUGAUGGAUUUUAUGAUUUACACCCAGGCAUUGACUUCUGUGUCAUUUCAAGGUCUGUGUCUCAAUUCGAGCUGCAUCCUUUGGAGGACGUGGUCUACUUAGCGCCGCGCCUCCUUCGUGGGCCUCGAAGACUGCCAAGGCCAAACCGAAAUGAGACGGUCUGGUCUUCAGACGCUUAACAUGAUCAGCAUCACCAGCUCAUCCUUAUUGUUGUUGCCUAGCAACAGAGCUGAAUUUGGACACACUGACAAAGUUUUCAUGCCCUUUGUUGUUGCUUUUUAGCAUGUCCGGCCUUAGCUGUUUGGUUGAGUUGAAGAGUGAUGCUCAACCAUCCGAUGUCACUUGCCAACACUGUAACGUUUUGCCACUGAAGUGCAAUGAUUCCUGGGAUAGGUUGGGCCUGGAAGGUUCUACCCAUUCCAUCCCCUUUUGGUUUUAGGGAGAUGGGAAGAUGUGUUUGUUGGCCACAUUUGUAGAAGCCUUGAAAAUGGGACAGACGAGCUGCGCCGCUGUGAUCCAAUCAUUAAAAUGCAGCCUCCGAUGGAUGUAGCCCCUGAAAUGAGACAAAGCUAACAUGUCUGCUGUGAGAAAGGUCUGUUGGAAACCUUUUUGUGGCCUCAGCGAAGAGUUGAGUGUGUGUGUUACAUGAAUGUAGAUAAAGGUACCAUAAUAAUGUAUGUCUGCUACUACUGACCAACAUGUGAAAAUGGAUUUGGAUUGAGUGAAAUAAACAUUUUUCUGGACAAA